UGACAGAUGUGUCCAACCAGCCACCGGACCAGGAAAUGGACAUCUUCAUGCGACAGACAAGGAAACACGCACGACCAAUGUUCUACAUCAACUGCGGCUACAGGGAUUUGUGUUACUGCUACAGCAAGAUAACUCGUCACCACUAUUGCUGCUCUUGUGAUGUAGGCGCCUGCUUCCCCGCCCACGCCCGCCUCACCACACCCACCGGCGCCCACACCACCAUGGAUAGGUUAAGGACUGGCGACCAGGUGUUGGCAGUGGAUGAGUCUGGGGAGGUCGUACCCAGCACUGUCCUCGGCUUCAUGGACCGCCGUCCCCAAGAGACCGCCCUCUAUGUUACGUUGCGCACUGCGAGUGGCCAAAACCUGACACUCUCGCCCAAUCAUGUUCUUUUCAAGAGCGCGCCAAAUUCAAGCCAUCCAAUCAGCGUCUUCGGCUCGGAUGUCAACAUUGGUGACGUCAUAUUUUCAGCCAAUCAGACUGGACUUCAGCGCACUGAGGUUGUGGCCAUCGAACACGAAGUUACACAAGGAGCUUACGUGCCCCUGACGAAGGAGGGCACACUGCUGGUGGAGGGUAUGAUGGUCUCCUGCUACGCUUCCUACAGCCACUCCCUCGCCCAUAGCUUCCUGGCUCCUGCCCGGGCAUUCCCCAUCUUGCUGUACCUCAGACCAGGGUUCGCAUCCCGCCUGAUAGCCUCAGUGGAGACCCUAGCCGCCAGCGCCCUCAGGAAGAUGCUAGGCGUCCUCCAGGAGUUAGUAAGAGGAGUCGUUGGGGAAGCAUCAGCAGACAGCGCCCUUGGGAAGGUUUUAGGACCUGUUCAGGGAUUCAUAGGUAGCGUAGGGAAUAUGCCAUCAUACAACACCAUCAGGAAGGUGCUGGGAGUUCUUCAGAAGCUCGUAGGAAGGAGCGUCGUGAAAGAUGCUGCAUCAGGAAGCAGUGUGAUCCCUAAGGUGCCAGAUGGGGAUAAGGAAGGAGGACCUACUGGGACCGGUGGCACUUGUGGGGAGGACAUUGUAGGGGAGGACGUGGCUGACGAGGGCGAGGUAGGAGAGGCGUACUACAUCAGUCUGGUGAAGGUGGUGGGCUGGGUGAUGUACCGGAAGGAGCGGGCCGACCCCCAGGUGCUGCAGGUGAGGGUAGUAGCCGAGGGAGGGCUACUGCAGACACUGGGGGUACCUUCAUCCCUCCCUCAGUGGGCCUCCACCAUUCUGAGUCUCUUGACGAGGUCUUGGUAACGUUACCUGGCCGCCACUUGGUGGAAUCCACGUGUAUGCGGGCAUGGCGUUUUGCUCAUUGGUUCCUGCCUGCCGUGACGUAUUACCAUCUCUCCCCACUUUCCUCCCCCGUCCUAACUAAAUUUAUCUAUAACCUAAUUCUAAACUUGAACCAACACAAACAAACCGAGUUAAGCCUAGCCAAACCUAACCUAACCUAACCUAACCUAACUUAACUUAACUUAACUUAACAA